AUAGAUAAGAACCAGAUGCCCCAAUUCAGUGGACAUUAAUGGAGAACACCCUUCUAAUAAUUACCCUCAAAUUCUGAGUCAAACCCAACUCUAAUUUUGUGGCUACAAACAAGAUUUUGUUUAUUUUGGAGAUUCCAAUUAACUUAUCAUGGAAAAUUCUUACCUGAACUUGUUCAUCGUCAUCAUUUUGUUCAUCCGUUGUUCUUGCUUCUCGUUGCUUCACUGAAGUAGGCUUGUUUUAAUUUUGUUUUGUUUUGUUGGUUGGAUGACGUUGGUGGUGUUGGUGAAUUUUCAAGUGAGGGGAUUUGUGAAGGAGAAUUGGACACCUCAUAACCACGUAGAGUUCAAAAGAAUGAACAAAAACUGCUUUUUGAAUUUUGAUCGCCUUGGAUUUCUGAUGGCGAACGGCGCAAGAACAUUCCUCACUGUAUCCAAAUCGACUUCUCGACUGCUUCAUCUUCCUCCUGCUUCGUCUCGUUUCUUCCCGCCGUUUAACUCCUCCUUCAAUGGAGCAACCUUCUGUUCCUCCACCGGAACCCCUUCCAUGUCCAUUAACUUACAGUCGCAUGCCUUUGCGCGAAACCCUAUAAGAUCCAAAACCCCCAAACCUGAAAAUCCCCUUUCACCCGAUUCGUCGUUCGAAUCGCUGAAAUCGAAGCUUCUGGCGAAAACCCCUUUGCUAUCUUCACCAGAUUUCAAAAUUUUGCCCUUCAGGAAGGGCUGGCCGUUGGUUUCUUGCAAUGGCGGGAAGAGGAACGGUGGUUUGGCGUCUGGGUGGGGUCUCGGUUGGAUCAGCUUGGCUGAUUGCGAAAGUCUAUUGGCCUUGUCUGGGUCGAAGGUAACAGAAGAUUUGUUGGUUUAUCUCGGUUCUUCUGUUGAAGACGAUGCUGUUUAUUGGGCCACUGAUUUCUCUGGCGCGGAUAAUUUGGAUGCGGAAUUGGGUCAAAGGAAGCUCAAUUUUAUCGAGCUGCGAAUGCUCAUGGUAGCCACGAAUUGGUCGGAUACAUGGGCCAUGGGACAGUUGGCUAUUGCUGGUCAUGGCAGGGCUUUGCUAGAUUGGCAUAGAACAUCACGUUUCUGUGGGCAUUGUGGAGAAAGGACAGUCCCAAUGGAAGCUGGGAAGCGAAGGGAAUGCUCCAAUCAGUCAUGCAAGUUGAGGAUUUUCCCUCGUGUCGAUCCUGUUGUUAUCAUGUUAGUCAUUGACCAGGAGAACGACCGCGCACUCUUAAGCAGGCAAUCGAGAUAUGUGCCCCGAAAAUGGAGUUGCUUAGCUGGUUUUAUGGAGCCUGGAGAAAGCUUGGAAGAAGCUGUGAUAAGAGAAACAUUGGAAGAGACUGGUAUUGAAGUUGGAAAGGUGGUCUAUCACAGUUCUCAGCCAUGGCCAGUUGGACGAAGCACAAUGCCGUGUCAAUUGAUGGUUGGGUUCUUUGCGUAUGCAAAAUCGCUCGAUAUCAAGGUGGACAAGGCUGAGUUAGAAGACGCCCAAUGGCACACCAGAGAAGAUGUGAAGAAAGCUUUAACAUUAAGCGACUACAAGAAGACGCAAAGAUCUGCAGCAGCCAAAGUCGAACAACUGUGCAACGGAGUUGAAAGCAGACACAGUCAGUCUGCUGAUAUCAACGCUGAAGAUGGUGGACUUGCUUCCAUGUUCUUUCCUGGCCCUUAUGCAAUCGCUCAUCAACUUAUCUCCUCUUGGGCUUAUCAAGACAAUGAAAAAUGAAGCUGAAACUCAUAUGAAUCAACCUUCCAGGCUGAGUUUGAUGUAGCAUUUUGGCUUUUGAGGCUAGUGAGGCUAGUUCGAGUUGCAUAGCUCUGGGCAAUGGCAUUGACAGCACAUAUUCAAUUGUUCCUUGCAAACAAAUUGCAGUC